AUGUCGUUGACGGAAUCCUCUCCCCUGGAGAUUGCAAAGCUCGCUUCGGCCGGUGCGAGACAAUUGGCCGUCCUCUCCUCUGACGCCAGAAACAAGGCACUCGUUGCCAUACAUGACGCUCUCGAGAAGAACAGAGAUGCCAUCCUCCAAGCAAACGCCAGGGAUGUAGAGGCCGCCACUAAAGCAGUAGAGAAGGGGGACCUAAGCUCGAGUAUACUGAAGAGGCUCGACUUGGCACGCCCGGGGAAAUACGAGGAUAUGCUGAAGGGAAUUCUCGAUGUCAAGGGCUUGGAUGAUCCAAUUGGAAAGAUAUCCUUACGCACCAAGCUAGAUGAUGGCUUGAUCCUUGAACGGGUCAGCUGCCCAAUUGGUGUCUUGCUGAUAAUCUUCGAGGCCCGUCCAGAGGUGAUUGCCAAUAUUGCUGCGCUCUCCAUCAAGUCGGGUAACGCAGCCAUCUUGAAAGGUGGAAAGGAGUCGACCGAAUCAUUCAUAGCCAUAUCCAAGGUGAUAGCAGAGGCAGCUGCUACUACCGAGGUACCAAAGGCUGCAGUCCAGUUGGUAAAAACUAGAGAUGCUAUCCUACCGCUUCUGGCGUUGGAUGACCACAUCGAUCUUGUGAUUCCCCGGGGUUCAAACGACUUGGUCAAGUUCGUGAAAACGAAUACAAAGAUCCCUGUGCUUGGCCAUGCUGAUGGGAGGUGUGCCAUCUACCUCCACUCAGAUGCUGAUGCUAGCAUGGCAGAACGGGUUAUUGUCGAUUCGAAGCUACACUACCCUGCUGCUUGCAAUGCCGCAGAAACCCUCUUGGUUGAUGAAAGAGCAUUGUCCACUACGUUCCCUAAGGUUGCUGCCGCUUUAACUCAAAAGGGAGUCUCCCUGAGAUGUGAUGCGAAGUCGAAAGCUGCACUCCAGGACAAGUUGGAGUCAUCUCAAGUUGCAUUGCUCAAAGAUGCAACUGAAGAAGAUUACAACACCGAGUUCCUUGAGGCGAUCAUGGCUGUCAAGACUAUCGAGGGAACGUCAGACCAGUCAUAUGUAGAUGCAGCAAUCUCACAUAUAGGAAGCCACUCCUCGAAGCAUACUGAUGUGAUAUUGACAUCUUCAAGAGAGCUUGCUGAGCGGUUCCUGAGCGCCGUUGACAGCGCAGGCGUUUACUGGAACGCCAGCUCCAGGAUGGCAGACGGGAUGAGAUAUGGCUUUGGUACUGAGGUUGGAAUCAGUACUAACAAGAUCCAUUCCAGAGGGCCAGUCGGACUGGAAGGCUUAACCAUAUACAAGUAUCUAGUCCGGGGUGAGGGUCACAUUGCGGGUGAUUAUUUCCAGGGCGAGGGUGGCCGAACAUGGAAGCAUGAGAAAAUGGAGAUUUAA